AUGACCCUCGCGACCGUAACGCUUCCCGACGACGUCUGGCGCUGCAUCGCCGCCCUCCUGUCGCCACAAGACCUUCUUCCCCUCGCCUCCCUUAACCGGGCCUUCCUUAGUGUUGCGCUGGACGAACGAUAUCGCGUCGUACGAUUGGAGAAUCGCGAUGAUUGGACACUCGAAAGACUACAGUGGCUCAGAACACCGCGUAUUGCUGGCCGGGUUCGGCAGCUCGACGUUGGCGCUAGUUUCCUUGAAAGCCUCGCGCAAGAUCCGGACAACACAUUGGGAGGCGCAAAGACCAGUCGCUGGCAAUGGCUUCUCCCCGCUUUCUUGUGCUCCCGAGUGCUCCCGACUCCCAAGGCCUCCCACACCCUCGCCGGCAUGACGCAAGCGGUGGACCUCAUGACAAACGUUGAGCAAUGCAGCUUUGAAUUGAGCGCGCUCUCCCUUACUCCCGAGACCACCCGCUUCCUCUCCGCUGCCCACACUUCCUUUGGCUCCCGAUUCCGCAAAAUCUCCCUCUCUGCCCGCCUUCGCGACUUCCCCGCGAUGCUCGCUGGUAUAGAGCUGGUCACCGAUUUGGAACAACUCGAGAUCACUUUCGAGUACGACUUCACUGACGAUCCCUCGCCAUCUGGAGCUAGCGCGAACACUAUCAGAACGACAAUCCUGCCGUUUAUUGCGCGCUUCAGCCACUCUCUCCGCGCGCUUUCCAUCUCGGCCAUCUCCAAGGUCGACAUUAGCCCCAUAUUUGAAGAUCUGCCCCCUUUCGCCCACCUCGAGAAGCUUGCCGUACAGCUUACGUGUGGCUACCUCGAUGCGGCCGCCCUGAUGACCAUUCUGGAUGCCCACACGGCCUCGCUCUCCCGCGUGGAGGUCUGUGCAUCCUGCCAGACAACAGCACUUUCCAUCUGGCGCGCGCUUGCUCAGCGCCAGCCACUCGUGGACAAGCUCGACUCGCUCAUUUUGGGCUACGAGUCGCAUGUAUUCGAGAUUGCCCGUGGCGAUGCUGACUUGGAAUCCGAUUCUUCUUCAACGCUGGACGCGCUCUUCCGCCGCCCGUUCACAGAGUCUGACAACCUCUGGGAGCCCCAACUCGAAACCGUUCUCAAGACCCUCUCGGCACUCCCUCGCACGACUGCCCGCACUAAACUGCGCAUCGGCGUGUUUACGCUAACCCCGCGUGUCUUUUCGCUGCUUGUCCGCUACCUCCCUGAUCUACACACGCUCAAUGUCGUCGUGUACUCCCCCUCGUAUCGCAUGGACUGGAUUAUGGGCCCCCAGCUCGAGCAAGUCGCGCGCGACUGGCAUCUGGAGGAACUGGCUAUUUGGGACUAUGACAGUGGCCGGCCAUCUGCAGCGCUGCCCCCGCAAAUGGAGAGGCUGGUGGGCGAGGUGGUGAAGAGGUUGCCCAGCGUGCGCAAGUCGAAUGCGCGCAAGCCGGUGGAGGCCAGCAGCGGGUGGUGGUGCUGA